CACUUCGCUUCCUGGUAAGGCUGUACAGUACUUUAUUUCCCUGUCUAUGGUGCUGUACUCCAUCAGUGUUUCUGUAACUGUCUGUGGGGUGACGUCAUGGUCGCUUUCAGCCGUUUUGCAUUGUAGAACAGAGCAAAACACGGUCGCUCCGGGUAUUUGACGUCUGUUGUUGUCGUUGUUCAGUGUUACUUGGAACCUGACGUGUUAUGCCAACGGUACUCUAUACUUCUACUACAUUUCACAGGUGUCUGCUCUCUUGUAUCCACAUGGCUCGUGUCUUCGUCUAUGGCACCCUGAAGAAGGGGCAGCCCAACUACUACCGUAUGUUUGAGAGUGCCAAUGGUACGGCGGAGUUCCUCGCCUCGGCCUGCACCACCCAGAAAUACCCACUCGUGAUAGCCGGCAAUUACAACAUCCCUUUCCUCCUCAACAUCCCCGGCCACGGUCACAGAGUCCAAGGAGAGAUUUAUAAAGUAGAUGACAAGAUGCUGAAAUUCCUGGAUGACUUUGAAGGGGUUCCCACCAUGUACCAGCGGACUCAGGUCGAUCUGGAGGUGAAGGAGUGGGUGGGGAAGGCAGAGGCAGAGGAGAGGCCGGCAGCAGGGAGCAUCACAGAAGCGUUUGUGUACAACACGACUGCGUACCAGCCAGACUGGCCCUCACUGCCCUGCUAUGAGAGCUACGACGCAUAUGGAGAUCACGGGCUCGAGUAUGUGACCAGAGAAGCACGAGACUGAUGUAGCUAGCUGGAAUGAGAAGAGCCGAUAGGAGUAAAGAGCAAAUAUGAGCCACAAAGUUGACCUGUUAAUUUUUUUAACAUCUGUACAAAUAUGCCUCAAAAUAUUGUCUGCAAAGCAGUUGGAGAAUAUAUAAAGUAUCCGUGACAUCUCAAGAAGAAAUGUGUCUAGUUUUGUCAAGUUUGAGUUCUUAAAGACCGACUGGAAAGCAUGUAAAUUAAACUGGGAGGUUGUAUUGUGAUCCAGUUCCUACAGUAUCUACUACAUUUAAAAAAAGUCUUAAUGCAUUUAAAGUAGUGCAGAAUUACGACUUUUUCAUCUUUUUAAAAGAAAACAUCCUAAAUGGACAUAACCUCAACAUACAGAGUCACACAUGUUGCUGUUAGUCACCUUAUAAUGAUAAGAGUAGAUACUAUGAUGUCAAUAUGUCAUAGGUCUUUAAUUGAUUUUUCUCAUUGUAAAUAUACUUCAUAAAGGGCAUUAAUCCUGCGUCUUCUGUGUUGUUUAUGCUCCAGUUUCUCAGGGAUUCAAAUAGUUGCACAAAUUUGUAAUUUUUGGCGUGGUACCCAAACACUUUGGAUUAAAAUAAUGUAUGCCACACCU